AUGGUGUGGCCCAAUACUGCCAGGCCAACACCUUAUGAGAUCUUCAACUCGAAGCCGGGGGCGCCGUACAGCAAGGGCAAAUUCUACGAGCUAGCGAAACAGUACCACCCCGAUAGAUACACCGAGCAAGGCGAUCACCUGGACGAGAAUGGUCUCUCUCGAGCUACCAAGCUCGAACGCUACAAGUUGGUCGUGGCGGCGAACGACAUCCUCAGCAACCCGGUCAAGAGGCGUGAAUAUGACCAGUUCGGUCUGGGAUGGGCUACCGGUGAGGUUCGUGACUUGAAUGAGGAGCUACGGGCCAAGGACCAGGCGUGGCGCACUGCACCGAACUCGCCGGCCAUGAACUCGUCGUGGCAGGACUGGGAGGAGUGGCGACAUCGCCGAGACGGCACUGCACCCAAACAAGAGCCUCUGUUCAUGUCCAACGGUGGUUUUGCCAUUGUGCUCUGCGCCUGCGUUGUUGUCUUCAUCUGGGCCCAGGCGUCACAGGCAAGCCAGCGAUCCGGAAGAGUCAUGCAGGCAAGGGAUAAGAUGCACCAGGCUGCGACCGAAAAUCUAUACAACACUAGAAUGCAGCGCGCCACCUUGAGUCAGAACAGCAGAGUACAGCUCUUCCUGCAUAAACGAGAGUUUGGGGACAAUCCAUUUGAGCCAGCUGGACACUUGCCGGCAGAGAGCACAAAGAAAUGA